AAUAUUAUCCAAUGAAAAUUGAAUAAAAAGUAUUGAAUUAUUCGUAUUGGUUAAAAAAAAAAAAAAUAAUAAAUUCGAACGGAAUGAAGUCUAGAGUCCAUGUGAUCGCGCUCUCUCAUGAUUAUUAUUAUUUUUUUAUUGUCGACAUAUUAUUAAUGUCAUUGUGUGUUUUUAUUAUUAAAACAUGUUUAUUAUUGUAAUUGAAUUCUUGGGAUAAUACCCAUUGAGUUCAAAUACUAAUUAAUCCAUGUCUAGUGUGCCAAGAAGUGGAUAACUUUACGACUAUUUUUGGAGUCACCAAACAAAAAUAUGUCACUACGUGAUUUAGUUGAAGGUGAUUGUGGUGGACCUGGACCAUUGACAAGUUUUACAAGUCACCUUGUACAAGAUAGAGGUUUUAGAGAUGAUGGUAUUGGUCAAUCACAUGUUGUACCAUUUGAAAAUACUGAUGAAAAUAAACUUGUUGAUGAAUAUUUGGAUAAUCAUGUUAAUGUUCAACCUCAAACAUUUCGUAUGGAUAAUAUACUUGAUGAAAUUCAUGAUAUUGAUAAUGUUAUACAUCAACAAUUACCACAAGUUGAAAAUAAUUGUGAAGAACAAGAUACUGAAUGGGCUUGUCAAUUUUUGGAAAAUAGAUCAGAGUUUUAUAAACAUAAUUCAGAUAGUAUAUGGGCAGAAAAUGUUCAUCAACCUGAAGCAUCAAUAACAACAACAACAACAACAACGACAACAGGUGCAUCAACAUCACAUCAAGAUGCAAAUGAAUUUGGACUUGGUAUGCGAUGGGCUGAAGAUUAUUUUGAGCAUUCACUUGAAAAUGAUAAUGCUGAUAAUAAUAUUGUAAUGAAAAAAAAAACAUUUGGUAAUGAAAAUUUGGGUUUAUCAAAAUUUAUGAAAUUUAUGCAUCAAGAUAAUAAAACAAAUGUUAUAUUACAAAAUGAUGAUGAUAGUAUAAAUAAUACAGGUUCAAAAUGGGCACAAGAAUUUUCAAAUCAACAAAAUCCAGAUUUAUCAAAUAUAUCUGAUGUUGAUAAAAACAUUAUUGGUAAUGUAUCAGAUAUUAAUGAAAUUGGUAAAUCAUGGCCAGCUGAAUUUACUGGAGCUUCAUCAAUAAAUGAAGAUACAGUUAAAGUUGAAAGUGGUGAAGAAAUUGAAGAUAUAAAUUCAUCAAUUAUGGAAAAUGCAUGGAAAAAUAUAAAUGAAAAUAGUCCAUGGUUAACAGAUUUUAGCAACAAAUUUGAUGAUUAUAAAGAUUAUAAAUUUAAUGAUGAUAAUGAAAUGAUAACAUUAAAAACAAAUGAAGAUCCAAUGAAAAUUGGAAUAGAAAGAUUAGAAGCUGGUGAUUUACCAAGUGCUGUAUUAUGUUUUGAAGCUGUUGUUAGAAAUGAUGUUGAUAAUUCAGAAGCUUGGUAUUUACUUGGUAAAACACAAGCUGAAAAUGAACAAGAUCCAUUGGCAAUAGCAGCAUUAAAAAAAUGUUUAAAAAUUGAUGAUAAAAAUUUAUCAGCGCUAAUGACACUUGCUGUAUCAUAUACAAAUGAAUCAUAUAAUAAUCAAGCAUGUUAUGCUCUUAAAGAAUGGCUUAUUAAAAAUGAUAAAUAUAAUAAUAUAUUAAGCUUUAAUAAAAAAAAUAAUGAAGGUGAUGAAAAUUUCUUAUCAUCAAAAUUUAAAGAUAUACAUGAGGAGGUUAAAAAUUUAUUUAUUCAAGCAGCAUUAAUUAAUCCAACAAAUGAAAUUGAUGCUGAUGUACAAUGUGGUCUUGGUGUAUUAUUUAAUUUAUCAAAUGAAUAUGAUAAAGCUAUUGAUUGUUUUCAAACAGCAUUACAAGUACGUCCAAAUGAUUCAAGAUUAUGGAAUAGACUUGGUGCAACAAUGGCUAAUGGACAAAAAUCAGCUGAAGCUGUUGAUGCAUAUUCAAAAGCAUUAGAGCUAUCACCUGGUUUUAUAAGAGCAAGAUAUAAUUUGGGUAUAUCUUGUAUUAAUUUAUCAGCAUAUAAAGAAGCUGGUGAACAUUUAUUAAUAGCAUUAAAUCAACAAGCUGCUGGUGUUGAUUCAAAGGGUCAAAUUGGAUCACCAAGUUUAAUGUCAGAAACAAUAUGGAGCACAAUGAAACUUGUCACUUGUUUUUUAAAUAAAUAUCAUCUUUAUGAUGCUAUUGAAAAAAGAGAUCUUAAAGCGUUAAAUUUCGAAUUCGAAAUUUCAUGAAUUCUCGAUUGACAAGAAGAAAAACAAAAGGAAAUUAAAAAAAAUAAAAAAAAUAAUUAAAAAA